ACUCAAUAAUCAGUUGGCCUGGACAUUAGGUUGCGAAAAUUUAAACAAAUUGUAAACUGCUGAACUUUGCCCCACACAUUCUGCUUAUUUCUCUGUCCUGUCCCUAUUGCUGACAGGGGAUUUAAUGAAAACAAAUCUGGGUUAAAAUAAGCGACUGAAAUUAUAGCGCGGGAGGGCUUAGUGGGGCUGCUGCGUGUGAUGAUCAGCUUUGUAUUGUUGGCUUUUGUACUUGGGAUUUCUCCUCGGAGGCCAUGGAGCUUUCGGCCAAUGAGCUCAGCAUCUAUGACAAGCUCUCCGAGACCAUUGAUCUGGUGAGACAGACUGGCCACCAGUGUGGCAUGUCAGAAAAAGCCAUUGAGAAGUUCAUCAAGCAACUCUUGGAAAGAAAUGAACCCCAGAGGGGCCCUCCACGGUACCCUGUCUUAGUGGCUCUCUACAAGGGUCUGCUCACCCUGGGCUUGGUGUUGCUCACUGUUUACUUGGUGAUCCAGCCCUACAACCCGCUGCCGCCCGAAGCGCCGCUCUCCAGAGCCCAGGCCUGGGGCUCCCUCGUCGGGCACAUCCGGCUGCUGUCCCUGCCCAUUGCCAAGAAGUACAUGCUGGAGAAAUGCCAGGACUGGUGGGCAGCAGGUUGCAGACAGAACACUUCCGCACUUCCCACAAACUGCACAGUCUGUUCUGCUGUGAAAAGCCUUCAGAUAGUGACAGACUUCAGAGAGCUAUCAGAAAAGCUCCAGAGGCAUCAGCCUUUUCUAAUCAAGACAGGGCAGCAUCUCUCCUAUGAAGAACUGAAGCAUUUUCAGUCCCAGGAUCCAGAACUGGCAGAGGUUAUAAUAGAAGAAAAUUCAGCUGAAUUAUGGAGCUGCCCAUUUUUCUUUCCCUGGAACAAGUCUGUGAAUAAAUCUCGGAUUCUGCAGGACUUUUUCCCUGCUUCCUCUUUGCUGUCCUUCCCCAAGACAGUGUCCCUGGAGACCUGCUUCCUCAUCCGCCAUCCAGAUUUGGGGAAUAAGAGCUACAGCCUGCACAGUCUCUUCGCUGUUGGGAGUGGGCAGCUUACCCUGACUGUUGCACCUCUGGACACAUGCAGAGGGCACUGUGAGAUGUUCAAGGUGGAGCUGGAAGCUGGAGAUUUGGGUUAUGCCAGCGCAGAUCACUGGACAAUGAGCUUCAUGGCCAGAGGGACACAGCCAGUGGUGAUUUGUGAUGGAGCUGCCAGCUAAGGAUGGUGGGGUGGGAAAACAGAGCUGUUCCCAGGACAAGAAGACUUUCAG